UAGUAUACAGAGCAGAAGUCUAUUCACCACAAUACUGCUAGGAAGGAAUCUUAACCCCGUUCUUUGAUGCUUACUGCACAAUGAUGGUCUCUACAGUUAGGGUGGUAGUGUGCCUCUCUCUCAGGCUGGGCAGGCGUGGACAGACAGACACUGGGGGGACUGUUCUGUUCCAAGACUUGGCAACAGGACACGUCUCUCUCUUUAAAAGACCCUGAUUGCUGCGUUUCUCUGUCCUCAAACUCUCUGCUCCCUCCAACACCACUUCUAGAACAGGCCAAUAACACAUACCUCUCAAUUAGACUUGGGAAUAAAAAUGAAAAACACAAAUAAAAUGUCAAAGAAGAAAGGGCCUGUGUUUUGGACCAGGGAGCUCCAGCAACUUUCUGAGAAUGAGAUUUAGUUAAGUUCGAGAGAUCCAUCGAAGGAUUAUGGAACCAAAUAGUUUUAUGGAAAUUCAAACAAUGUGUGUAUUUGGAUUCUGACAUGAGCUAAAUAUGUGUUGGACUACUGCCUUGCAAUGUGAGUUAGGGGACCUCAGACAUUUAGAAAGUAAUGUAUAAUUAUCUGUUCACAUGCGAGCUUUCUAGUUGCAUGAUCUGCAUACUGUACCAGUUAAUCAUAUAGAGUUACUGGUGAAUAUCUUGCCCUGCCAACCCCUUUCCCUCCCUCUCUCCCUCCUGAAGGUGAAGACUGAAGCUGAAGGCUCUUUUAUUUCAGUACCUAUUUCAGUCUAAACACUUUGGCCCUGAUUAAUGGUCUGUGAUUAAUUCUGUGGACACAUGUCAGGGGAACUGAUACAGCCCAGCCAGGCUUACAGAUGAUGCCAGGCACAAGAAUUAGCCAUCACCAUCUCCAAGAAAACCAAGCCGUUGUCGAGGGCUUGUGGUUGGCUCAGCCUAUAGACACUCCAGAGGUCUCGGUUCCAUCAUAGUGACAGUUGGAAGGCUUGUGGUCCUCUGUCCUAUUAGAGAGCCGUGGGUAACAUCACCCUGCAGGUACAUGAUACUGCACUAACCCUAAUGCCUAACGUCACCCUGCAGGUACAUGAUACUGCACUAGCCCUAAUGCCUAACGUCACCCUGCAGGUACAUGAUACUGCACUAGCCCUAAUGCCUAACGUCACCCUGCAGGUACAUGAUACUGCACUAACCCUAAUGCCUAACGUCACCCUGCAGGUACAUGAUACUGCACUAACCCUAAUGCCUAACGUCACCCUGCAGGUACAUGAUACUGCACUAACCCUAAUGCCUAACGUCACCCUGCAGGUACAUGAUACUGCACUAACCCUAAUGCCUAACGUCACCCUGCAGGUACAUGAUACUGCACUAACCCUAAUGCCUAACGUCACCCUGCAGGUACAUGAUACUGCACUAACCCUAAUGCCUAACGUCACCCUGCAGGUACAUGAUACUGCACUAACCCUAAUGCCUAACGUCACCCUGCAGGUACAUGAUACUGCACUAACCCUAAUGCCUAACGUCACCCUGCAGGUACAUGAUACUGCACUAACCCUAAUGCCUAACGUCACCCUGCAGGUACAUGAUACUGCACUAACCCUAAUGCCUAACGUCACCCUGCAGGUACAUGAUACUGCACUAACCCUAAUGCCUAACGUCACCCUGCAGGUACAUGAUACUGCACUAACCCUAAUGCCUAACGUCACCCUGCAGGUACAUGAUACUGCACUAGCCCUAAUGCCUAACGUCACCCUGCAGGUACAUGAUACUGCACUAGCCCUAAUGCCUAACGUCACCCUGCAGGUACAUGAUACUGCACUAACCCUAAUGCCUAACGUCACCCUGCAGGUACAUGAUACUGCACUAACCCUAAUGCCUAACGUCACCCUGCAGGUACAUGAUACUGCACUAACCCUAAUGCCUAACAUCACCCUGCAGGUACAUGAUACUGCACUAGCCCUAAUGCCUAACGUCACCCUGCAGGUACAUGAUACUGCACUAACCCUAAUGCCUAACGUCACCCUGCAGGUACAUGAUACUGCACUAACCCUAAUGCCUAACGUCACCCUGCAGGUACAUGAUACUGCACUAACCCUAAUGCCUAACGUCACCCUGCAGGUACAUGAUACUGCACUAACCCUAAUGCCUAACGUCACCCUGCAGGUACAUGAUACUGCACUAACCCUAAUGCCUAACGUCACCCUGCAGGUACAUGAUACUGCACUAACCCUAAUGCCUAACGUCACCCUGCAGGUACAUGAUACUGCACUAACCCUAAUGCCUAACGUCACCCUGCAGGUACAUGAUACUGCACUAACCCUAAUGCCUAACGUCACCCUGCAGGUACAUGAUACUGCACUAACCCUAAUGCCUAACGUCACCCUGCAGGUACAUGAUACUGCACUAGCCCUAAUGCCUAACGUCACCCUGCAGGUACAUGAUACUGCACUAGCCCUAAUGCCUUCUCAAACACUUGAAUAAUAUUGUUUCUUUUUAAGUAUGGUCAAACUCCGAAUACUUUUCCUGUAGGCUAUCGUGUGAUUAUGUGUGCUUUAAAGCAUAGUCAAACUCAGAAUACUUUAAAGUGCGGUUAAACUCCAAAUACCCACUAUUGACCAAUAUUAACCAUGGAUAAGUUUCCUUAGAUCCUCUGAACCCAUUUCCUUAGGUUCUACAUGUGAUUGUAAUACAAUCAAUUCUGUAUCAAUUUCCUUAGAUCCCUGAACCAGUUUCCUUAGGUUCUACCUACCACCGGUGAGAUUCAUUAUUAUAGGGAAAUAGUUCUGCCAAAUUGAACCCCUACAUUUUGUGGAUGAGGAGGACGAGAUCUUUCACCAUGAAGUCUCGGCUAGAAAAUCCCUCACAGAGAUUUUUAAGUAAGGUCUCUUAAUUUUUUUUUUUUUUGUGGCCAGAGGGAAGUCUUGAGUCCAACCGAGGGAAACGGAUCAAAACGCCAGGUCGCUCUCAUCCGGGUCACAGCACCAAAUGUUGUGGAAAACCCCAUCCAAAGAUGAAGGCAGAGACUAUUUCAUGAUAUUAUAGAAAACCAUUUAAUACAAGCAGCUGCAGGGGAGAUCCACCUCUGAUUUCACAAGGAAGAACUCAAUGAAUAAAUAUUUACAUGUCCACCCUUAUAUAGGUGAUCAUACUAUCAUAUUGUUUACACAACAGUUCUUUCAACACAUCAACAGGUCCAGAACAGUUGCCUGUGUCAGGGUGCAGACAUACCAAGAGUCUAUGGAAGGCAUAACAUCACAAUCCAACACUGAACAUAUCCCUUGGGAAGUUACAACAGCUCACUCCAAAUUCUGCCACCACAAUAUGGAGACCUUGGGCUUUCUUUUCCACUGGCGAGGAUGGCUGUGGGGGCGGAAGGCUGUGGGGG